GACAGCCUUACUCACUCGAAACCCCCAGCUGUACCAUUUUUUAGCUAUUUAUGUGAUUAAACGUGUGAAUUUUCCGUGUUGCGUGAUGAAAUUUACGAAAUUAGAGACCCGACUGACGGGCUGCAACAGUUGUGGCGAUCGCUGCUACCAGGAGGACGCGUACACCGUGAGUUUAAUUCAGCCCAGCGAUGACAAAGACUCCGAUCCGAAACUCGAGUACUUAUUUAUCGGGGUGUUCGAUGGCCAUGGAGGGCAUGAAGCGUCGAAAUUUGCCAAGGAGCAUCUCGAACUCAACAUUACCAGCAACAGACUCUUUUGGAGCGAUCGGGACAAAGAUGUGCUCAAGGCGAUUCGUGAAGGAUUUUUACAAACUCACAACGCCAUGUGGAAAGCACAGGAAAACUGGCCCCGAACACAUGCCGGCUUCUAUUCCACUGCCGGAACAACUGCCUCCGUCGCCUUUAUUCGCAACAACAAAAUCUACAUCGGGCACGUUGGCGACUCCAAAAUCGUCAUCGGCAUGGAGCACGAUCACGAAGACUACUGGAUCGGCAAGGAGCUCACGGUCGACCACAAACCCGAAUCGCCCGAAGAAAAACGUCGCAUCGUCGAAUCUGGCGGCAAAGUGAUCGCAAAAGCGGGCGUUCCUCGCGUCGUCUGGAAUCGCCCGAAAGCCGGACAAAAAGGACGCCAGCUACGCAACACCAAAACCGACGAAGUACCAUUUUUGGCAAUUGCCCGUUCGCUCGGCGACUUGUGGAGCUACAAUUCGCAAACGGGGCAAUUUGUCGUGUCGCCCGAUCCGGAUGUGAAAGUCUACAAUCUCGUGCCGGGCAAGCACAAAUGUCUGAUUUUCGGCACCGAUGGCCUGUGGAAUGUGAUGUCGGCGCAGUCGGCGGUGCAAAUUGUGAAUAAUUUGACGAACAAAGCGGAAUGGAAGAAUCCGAGCAAAAAUCUCGUCGAUGAGGCGAUAAAAAGAUGGGCGAUGGCGGAAAAAAGGGCAGAUAAUGUCUCGGUUGUGACGUUGUUGCUGUCAGAUGAUGACGAUGACAUGAGUGAAGAGUCCGAGGACACGGAUGGCAUCGAAGAAGACGAAGAGGAGGAAGAAUAUUUGAACAUUCAUGAGGAAAUGGAACUCAGGAAUGGGUCAACGGUUCAAUAUUUGGAGCAUGAAACGUCAAUUUAUCACAGUAUGUCGUACCACACGGAAGAUAGUUAUGAGCCGGCGUAUCAGGACAUCAGUCAUAUGGCAGUCGAUGAAGACUGCGAGACGCUGCAACGCGUUAAAAAUCACGGAAGCGGCAUUUUUCCGGAAUGCGUGAUGCGACAAUAUCACAGCACAUCACAAUCCCUCAAUGAACGAUAUAAUUUUAUCAAUUCUUAGCAGGAUGAUUUUUUUUAUUAGUUAAUUCACUCACAUUCUUCGACACCAAAACCGAAAGAAAAGUGAAAACAAAUAAUUAAUAUAUAUUUAUAAAUAUUUACGAAAAAUGGUCUGAAAGAUUUCCGUCGCGUCAAAAAGUUUUUUAGUAAAAUUAUUUAAAAAAUUUAAUUUUAAAAACGUGUGAAUGAAUGUCUAUAAUAAUUCUUAUAUAAUGACUAAAUGUGAAGGAAAAAAUGUACUGCCACCGAUUUAAUUUUUUUGAUACAAUAAUUUAAUUAACGGGGAUAUGGUGUCAAUUUAAAAAAAGGUCUUUUCCAUUAAAAAAAAAUUAUUUAAGAAUUUUCUCAAAAAAAUGUUACCUUACAAUUAAUUAUUUGCAUGUCGUAAAUUUGUAUGUUCAUUUAAAUAAAUGCCAAUUUUAAGAUAAGAAAAAAAAAGACAAAAAGAACGAAAAAUUCAAAUCAGUCAAAUCAUAAAAUAAAAGAAAAUUAAAAAAGAAUGCAAUAUAUUAAAAUAAUGAUU